AUGAUGGACAUGGAUAUGGACAUGUCAGGCGGUGGUGUUCCUUGGCUUGAUCAGCCUGUGAUGCUUCAUUCGUCUCGUCAAGAUAUGUGCAAAUUAUCCGACGCACAGUGUGCUUAUCGGAAUAAUAGGUGGAGAUACUGGUACCAGGCCGACCAUGUAUAUGCCUUGAGCACAGUGUAUUUCUGCUGUGCAGUCAUUGCAGCCUUUGCCAUUUCAAAUAUUCUUGUCAAAGUUCUACCAGACUGGGUCAAGCGGACUCGAGUAUGGCGGGUAACGACCUCAGUUUCACGGUACAUGUCCUACCGUGGGUAUCGGUUCCCGGUGCUGAAGUAUUGGUCUCCAUCUUUGGGCGUCAUUCUGCUGGGCAUCGUGGGCACAGUAUUCUUCUUCGGUAUGACUCUCGGGCCCAAACCGUACUAUUGGCCCACCGAUGCUAGCUAUGGAAGUAGCCCUCCCAUAGCAACUAGGGCAGGCUGGAUGGCUCUUGCUUUAUUGCCUUUUGUUCUUGGUCUGAGUGUCAAGGCCAACAUGAUCUCUGCACUAACUGGCAUCCCCCAUGAGAAGCUUCAAGUCUUCCAUCACUGGACUAGCUACGCCAUGUUUGUGCUGGCACUUAUUCAUACCUUCCCCUUCAUUAUCUACCAUAUCGACAAGGGCGAUAUGAUCAGGCAAUGGAAGACUAGUCUAGUCUACUGGACCGGCAUUGGGGCAAUUAUCCCACAGGCCUACCUGACCAUUAUGUCACUCCCGUCCAUUCGGAAUCGGUUCUAUGAGUUCUUCAAAGCAACCCAUAUGAUUGCUGCUAUUCUAUUUAUCGUCUUUUUCUUCCUUCACUGCGAUUUUCGUCUCUCAUCGUGGGACUACUUCAUUGCCAGUGGUGCCGUCUACUUUCUCUGUCUAGUGUUCUCCCAGAGCCGCACCUAUCUGCUGCACGGGAUUCACACGGCCACGCUCGAGCUUCUCCCCAGCGGACUCAUUCGUGUCUCUGUUCCAACUGUCAUCAAAUGGACGCCCGGUCAGCAUGUAUUUCUGCGGUUCUUAACGUUAGACUUGCACCUCCUUACCGCGCAUCCGUUCACUAUCUCCUCCGUCUCCUGUGACCCCGACCAGAUUGGGAAAGCCUCUGAGCUCAUAUUCUAUAUCAAGCCUCGUCGUGGAGUAACUGCUCGCCUUGCCGCGCUGGCCGCCAAGCAACCAGGUAUCACAAAGAAGAUUCUCAUUGAAGGGCCAUAUGGCGGCGUUAGUACACAUCACAUAUCCCAAUUUGACACUAUACUCGUCAUCGCUGGUGGAUCAGGUGGCGGCUUCUCACUCGCCAUGGUAGACGAAGCGCUGCGACUGUCUGGUCUCAACACGAGAGAGGACAAAUCGGGACAAGAAAGCCGCCGCCAUCUGCAAGUGGUCUUCUCGACCCGCGACGCCCCCAUGGCAGACUGGUACAUCGAUGAGAUUGAAUCGCGCCUCUCGCAAUCCACCACCCUACCGGGCUCAGACAACGGAUUUGAGACUUCUGUUUCAGUACAUAUUACCUCAAAUCGCGACUUGACUCGGUCGACAUCAACGCUGGACUCGGAGAAUGGCACCGCCGACAAGUUCCCUCCAACAGACAUCACUACGACAGGAUCGUUCAGUCUCAACAUUCACCGAAAUGCUCGCCCUGAUAUCCCUGGACUCGUGGCUCGGACUGUUCCCAUGGCUCACGCGAAUCCGAUGCCGAAUGACAAGAAGCAACGUAUUGGUGUGCUUGUCUGUGGUCCCGCGUCCAUGCUUCAUGAUACCCGGAACGCUGCAGCGCUGGCGCAGAAACGGACGCUUGGUGGUGAGAUUGAGGAGCUAUAUCUGCACUCAGAACCAUUUGCUUGGUGA